AUGAGCUCACAGGGAGACAGCCAGCAGUCGCAGGACAGCACCAUGACUCUGAUGCAGGAUAACGUUUCCGAAGUUCUCUACUUUGCCUACGGCUCCAACCUCUCGACCGAACAGAUGCGCCAGCGCUGUCCAUACUCUACUCCUGUCGGUCUGGCAUAUCUGAAGGGAUGGAAAUGGAUCAUAAACAGCCGUGGGUAUGCAAACGUGGUGCAAUUGCCUAUCGACUCAGACGACGACACGCCCGACGCUGAAUCCAACAAGCAACUCACUGACAAGGGCAAAGAGAAGGCUACCAACAAGGUAGAGGAGGAGGAGGAAGGAGUGUACGGACUGUUGUACUUGGUUCCGGCCCAGGAUGAAGAGAGGCUGGACGGAUACGAGGGCGUGCCGUGGGCAUAUCAGAAGUUCCAGGUGGAUGUCAAGUGGGCAACUGCCACGGGAGAUGAAGACGAGACGUUGAGGGCGUUGGUUUAUGUCGACGAGAUGAGGGUAGACGAGGAUCUGCCCAAGGAGGAGUAUGUCGAUAGGAUGGAGGAUGGUAUCGAGGAUGCGGUUGAGAAUUGGGGAUUGGAUCAAGAGUAUGCGGAUAGAUUUAUGAGGAGAUUCUGGGAGUGA